AUGCAAAGAAGUAAGCCCUUUGGUGCCAAUGGUAGUUCUCAGAAACCGAGACAGAAGAGCAUUUGCACGUUCUUUUCUAGCGCGAAGAGUCCCGGUGCCAAUGGUAUUAGUCGCGCGUCGCCCCAGGUUCAGUCUGGCUCUGCCAAGGAUCCCAUCACUCUGAAUGGACCUGUCCCGAAGCUGGUACGGACCUCUUCCUCGGCGCUGUUCUCGUACAGCCAAGGGUCAUUUGACGAGGAGAACAGAGACGAAGAGUUGAAGCGGUUGGUGACCGUUCCGCAAUUGAACAAUUUCAAGAGAACCGCGUCGAGUCUGUCCAGACAGCCCAGUUUCCCCCGGUCAAACUCGUCUCUGUCGGCAUCGUCAGCGGCGUCCCCAACAAAGAUUGAAAGACGGGUCGUGCAAUUGGAGGACGAGCAAUUCAGAGAGGUCACUAACGUUACCACUGGCCGCAGGCAAUUGUCCUUCACAAGUACUCAAAUGGAUAACGUCCCGGCCACCUCUACUCAGCUGUCACAGCCCAUGGUUUCUCUACCGGAGAAGAGACCCCUGAGCGGUGGGCUCAACUUAAGCAACGCGAAGAGGCUGAAACCGAUCACCAAUAACCGCGGAGGUGCGAAACACGCAAAUGGCACAUCAGGAUCCUUGCAGGGAGCAAAGAAUGAUCAGCCCAUGGUCAGACUUACUCGAGAACAAGAGUACGUAGUGGAAUUGAUCGUCAAGAGGCGGAUGAACGUUUUCUACACUGGUUCUGCUGGGACUGGGAAAUCAGUGAUACUGAGGAACAUUGUGUCCAAGUUGAGCAAGCUUUACGGUGAAGAAUGUGUCGCUGUGACCGCUUCGACUGGUCUCGCGGCGGCGACCAUCGGCGGUGUCACUUUGCAUAAGUGGUCCAGCAUUGGGAUUGGGAACAGGCCGCUGGACGUGUACGUCAAGAAACUGACCCGUCAGAGGGAGUCCCUCAUGGUGUGGCGGAAAACCAAAGUUCUCAUCGUCGAUGAGGUGUCCAUGAUCGACGGUAACUUUCUAACCAAGUUGGAAUUCAUCGCAAGGGCGCUUAGAAGGAAUGAGAGGCCCUUUGGAGGGAUCCAGCUUGUGUUCACUGGUGAUUUCUUCCAGCUGCCACCGGUGACGAAGCGGGACGCACAGGUCGUGUCGCAGUUCUGCUUCGAGACGGAGGCGUGGAGACGGUGCAUCGAGAAGACGAUCCUGCUUAAAAAAGUGUUCAGACAGCAAGACGAUGAGCUGAUCGAUAUCUUGAAUAGUAUACGGUUUGGCGAGAUCGAGAAGGACAUGACAAGAGCGAUCAGGAGUCUCGAGCGCGAGGUCAAGUACGAGGACGGGAUCAUGCCCACGGAGAUCUACGCGACUCGUCGCGAAGUGGAAUCCUCGAACGCAAGACAGUUACACAAUCUUCCCGGUAGCACGUACAAGUACGACGCGGAGGACGUCGCUCCGCGGGAAAUGAUGCCGAUGCUGGACUCUGUUGUGAUGGCGGAGAAAGUGCUUGUGUUGAAGGAGGACGCACAGGUGAUGAUGUUGAAGAACAGACCGGACGUCGACUUGGUCAACGGGACUUUGGGGAAAGUGCUCUUCUUCACCACUGAACGGCUCUCGCGUAAGUUCAUCGAGAUGUUCAAAACGAUCGACGAGGACACAGUGUUGGAUAUGCGGAUUGUGAGCCAGGCGAUAGCGAAACGGCAGAUCCACGAAUCUCAGGGGUUCCAGCAGGCACUGCAGCAGCGGCCCCUCUCACGGUACCAGCGUCUGCAGACGAUGAUCAACCACGCGAUGAACGAGAGCCCAAGCGAGCGGGUGUACCCGUUCGUGAGGUGGUCCACGGGGAAAAGCAAGCGGUACCACGAGCUUGUGCUCCCGGAUGUCUUUGCCGUGGACCUCCCAGGAAACCACACUGGGCUGCAACGGACGCAGUUGCCCGUGAUGCUGUGCUGGGCACUCUCGAUCCACAAGGCGCAGGGCCAAACGAUACCACGGUUGAAGGUCGACCUCAGAAAUAUCUUCGAGGCGGGGCAAGUCUACGUCGCACUCUCCAGAGCCGUCUCCAGAGACAGCAUCCAGGUCACGAACUUCAACCCGAGCAAGAUCCGUGCCAACGAGAAGGUGAAACAGUUCUACCGGAACCUCGAGACCGUCAACUGA